AUGGAAUCCCUCACCCCCGAACUCGACUCCCUGCCAUCCACCCCGGCUCCCCAAAUGCCCUUGACGGUGUCCCCAGCAGAUACCUCGCUGAGCUCGCCGGAGCCCAAGGUGGAGCCGCUGGAUGACGAGGACGACGAGGCGGAGAAGAAGCCGACGAAGAAGAGAAAGUCCUGGGGCCAGGAGCUCCCAGUCCCCAAAACCAACUUACCCCCAAGAAAACGGGCCAAGACGGAAGAUGAAAAGGAGCAGCGCCGGAUCGAGCGGGUUCUGCGGAACCGCGCCGCCGCGCAGACCUCCCGGGAGCGCAAGAGGCUCGAGAUGGAGAAGCUCGAGACCGAGAAGAUCCAGAUGGAGCAACAGAACCAGUUCCUGCUCCAGCGGCUCUCGCAGAUGGAGGCCGAGAACAACCGCCUGAGCCAACAGGUGGCCCAGCUCUCCGCCGAGGUCCGCGGAUCUCGCAGCGCCACACCCACCAAGGCCGGCUCCCCCGUGGCGGACUCGCCCACCCUCACGCCGACCCUGUUCAAGCAGGAAGGCGACGACCUCCCCAUGGAGCGCAUUCCGUUCCCCACUCCCUCCACCACCGACUACUCCCCGACCCUCAAGCCCUCCACUCUGGCUGAGGCCUCCGACGUGACACAACAUCCUGCUGCGGUGUUGUGCGACCUGCCGUCUCCUCUUUCUGACGAUGACUUCCGUCGCCUGUUCAACGGUGAUUCACCCGCUGAGCCACAUUCUUCAUUCCCUGAAGACGGGCUCGCCUUUGAUGUUCUCGACGGAGGAGAUCUAUCAGCAUUUCCCUUUGAUUCUAUGGUUGAUUUCGACCCCGAGUCUGUCGCCCUCGAAGGCGUCGAGCCGGCCGGUCUUUCGGAUGAAACUACUCACCAGACUGCUCGCAUGCAGCCCAGCCUUGGCGCGUCCACUUCGCGAUGCGACGGGCAGAGCAUUGCAGCGAGCGAGGCAGACAACAACAAGAAGAAAAACAUCGGGUCGGCGACGCAGUUACGGAAAGAUGACUCGGAGUACACGGAGUUCCUGGCGUUCCCGUUCGAGCGAGACGUCGGCGUCUUGGCUCACGGGCAAGCCGUUUUACACUCCAAUCGGCUGAAGAAGGAGGCCGUCCGCGCAGAGGCGACCUUCAAAGCUGAGAAGGCCAAGGCCGACAAGGCCAUGAAGAAUCGCGAGUUCCAGAUCGCCCGCAUCCAUGCCGCCUCCGCCGUGCGGGAAAAGCGACGCCAAGUCACCCUCAAAUCUGAAGCCGCCCGUGCCGAUGUGAUCAUCAACGAACUUAAAGCCGCCCAGAGCACGCGGGACACCUCGCGGACGCUCGCUCUGGCCUCGCGGGGCCUCGACGCGGCCUCUAAGAGUGUUAACUUGGAGCACCUGGUGGCGCACGCCAACAACUUCCUAGCACGGUCGGAAGACUUCAAGAUCGCCAGCAGCGCGAUCGAGGAUGUGGCUCAGGGUGUGUCGAUGCAGGAAUAUGGGGCAGAGGGCGAGACCGAGGUGGAUCGGCUCAUGGAACAGUUGGCGGAUGAUGCAGGCUUGGAUAUGCGCAUGGUUCUGGAGGAGGAUAAUGUACCCAAAGAGCAGCCAGCCAAGGAACCGGAGGCGAAGAACGCCGAGGUCGAAGAUGGACUGGAUGUGAGACUGCGUGCAUUACGGGCCGGCGACUGA